UUGUAUGUAUUAACUACUAAUUCUGUAACUAGAACAUGCGGUGAUCACAGUGGUCAGGAUUUUUGAUCUAUGAUGCUCGAGAAAAAAAUCAGAUCGGUUAACCGCUAUUUCGUCAUUAUCAAUCGAUAAUAAUCUAUGCACAAAAAUGAAGUUGAAACCUGGAGGCAGUCAGGGCGAUUUACGCGCUGGUGGAUCUCUGACAAACAUGGACAACGCAGACUCGAAGAAGAAUGCAGCUAAGCAAAAUGCACACAAGAAGAGGGGAAGUUUUGGCGGGUCAACUGGGACGGACAAAAAGAGUAGAAGGUCAAUUAUAAAUGGGUUCUCGUCGCGCAAAGAACCGGUCGAUGGCGAUUCUCUGUUUCCAAUGAUGUCUUUCAAAGCAAAAUUGGUCGGAUCAGAAGCUUUAAAUGAAGCGAAAAACGCAGAAUUGGCAGUUACAUCAUUCGCGGUGCUCAAGAAGAAAGCUAACUCGAUGAAAGGUCACAAAACACGCAUUCUAAUAAACAUAUCACUAAAGGAAGGCGUAAAAAUAUCGACAAAUGAAACCAAGGCUGGAAAGCUAAAAUUGUUGCUACAAUGUGCUGCUAACAAGAUAACAUAUCACACUAUUGACAAAGAUUGUCAGAGAACUUUUGGCUUUGUCGUCGCAACUGCAGAACUGAAAUAUCAGUUUUUUGCAGUCAAAAUGGAGAAAUCGGCUAGUCACGUGAAGGCGGCUUUUGACGAUCUGUUGGCGGUUGUUGCUAGGAUUGUUGAAUCGAACGGUGUACAUGGUCAAAGUCCUACUCCGAAAUGGCAAUCUGAGAGAGCGAUUGAUGUUCCCUUGGACCUUCAAACAAAGUCGAAGGCACACGCAAAGCUGCAUAGCCAAAUGGAUGAAGUCAAUGAUACCUUUCUUCCUGCUAUUGCUCUUAACAAUGAAGACAGCAGUUCACAUGUAGGAAAUCUUUCAAACAGUCCGAAUCGCUCAAGUUUGGAAGUAUCGACUACCGAUUCCCAAACUACUUAUCAACAGAACAAAAACCGACAUUCUGGCCGCAAAUUAAAAGGUGCUUUCGCGAAGAUUUUCGGAUCCAAACGUCGAGGAACUUCGAUGAUAGACUUAUCAGGGAAGGAGCAAAAUGGCACAAAAGGUUCGCCAGUUGGGCGGAAGUCUUUGCAAAUGGAAUCCGCAAGAAAACCUAUCCAAAGGAGUAAGCGAGUUUCAAGAAGUAUGGUCAAUGUGAAUUCGACAACGCCUGAGCGUAAAUCCAAAGAGGGUCAACUGAAAGAUAACACUGCGCCAGCUGAUGAAGAUAAACGAAAUAAGCAGUCAGAAGGACUGGAAUUUAAUGUUUCUCUGGAUAAAACUUCAAAUAUGGUUGACCCUAUUAAACUUGAUCCGAGUCAAGUACUGACUCCAGAACCGAUUCGUUCUGAAACAACUGCAAAGCCCAUUCCAGACAAAACAUCAGAUAAGAAGUCAGUCCCCAACCAAGAGACCAAUGUAUUAGUUCCAGUAACUGUCGAAUUCCAGUCCGACCCUUUCGGAGCGGUAACUUCCUUUGACGAGCCAGUCAGCAUGUCGGGGUUUGAUUCUGACUGGGCCAGUUUUGACUAUUUAAGCAGCAGCAAAGAUGUCCAAUCUGACUUGCUGAAAAGUAGUUCAAAGUUUGAUCACGUGCAGUGUAAAAGUUCUCCGCUGUGGUUUGACUCAACUUUCGUGUCCCAAACUACAGCUGAAAUGAGUAAAAGCUUUAACCAAGUCAGCAGCAGUACGCCAAUUGCAAUCGCAGGCAAAGAGAAGGAAUUACUCGACUUGUUUAAUUUAACGACCGAAACCCAAGAAAAAAGUCCGGAAGUUAACAACAAUACGAGUAUAAACAGUUACAACACAACUACAAGCAAUGCUGCUACUCUACAUAAUGUAAAUAAUACUCCUUCUGUUAAUACAACGAGUGAAGAUGCCUUCGGAAUUUCUUCGACCAUUCAACAAGAGAGCUCGUACUUAGCCGAAGGCUUUGGGAACGAAGACUUGUUUGCUUCGUUUGCUUUUACCAGUGAAGCACGUGAACUAUCAAAAGGAUUUAGUGAGAUCUCGACUGAUAGAUUCGACAUGGGAGAUUUCUCCCGCUCAACUGAGCAAAACUCUGAAAGCCGAACCAUUAAACGAGGUCAAAAAGCGAAGUCGGCUUUCGAUUUGUUUGUUGAUGUUUCCGACCAGCCGAACUUUGAUGUGUUUACCAAUGAAAUGGAUGUGGAUAGUGACGGAGGGAAUUCUUCGCCCUACGAAAUGAGGCCAUCUUCUGCAAUGGAUCGGGAUACGUCCCAAAGUGCCUGGAACUUCAACGAGGACGAAAUGAAGAUGUCGCUAGAUACAGCGAAUCCGAAGAGUCGUCAGUUUUUCAUGCGACCUACAUCAGUUAGCGGGUGUCAUUCUGUUUCUAAUUUUUCCUCCGCAUUUGCAGGAAGUCAAAAUAGGCUGGACAAACCAAUGGUUAAACAUCUGGAAAAGAGUGAACAACCUUUUGAAGAUGAUCCAUUUUUCGCAUCAUAGGAACUUAAUAGUUCCGAUAAAAGCCAAUGGUCCCAUAUUUUUGCUGCGUAUCAUCUCUUACAGUGUUCUUUUGCAUAUCAUAUCAGUUGUGUGUUUUUGAUAAUAUUCCCUUUUAACGGAUUUAUUGUCUGUGUUAUUUUUAUCAGCUGUGUCCUUCGUAAUAAAUAGAUUUAAUAUAUUAGAUUAUAGAUUUUCAUACCACUCAACUUGAAUUUAGCUAUGCUUUGCUAA